CUGCUCCCCCCCGGCCCCCCCGGCCCCCCCGUCACAUGCUGCCUCUCCAGCACGCCACCGGAGACGCUUUCAAGACACUACAACCAAUCUCUGGAUAUUGUUUCUCCCCUUUAUUUACGGAGCGGCAACUAUUUUUUUUGUUUCCUUUUUUAUUUUUUUAAUUUAAUGGCGCCAUGAAGUAAAACUCCGCCAUAUUCAUCACAUCCACCACACCCGUCAACAAUAGCGCGAAUCAGUAGAAAAAACUUUUGAAUUAACUCGAUUUUCAACGGCAAAAAACGGGGAAGAAGGGAGGUGACUCCUCAGCCGGGCACGAUGACCCUGAUGGCGGCGGGGGCUUGUUGCCUCAGCCCGGAGGCCAAAGAGGCUCGCAGGAUCAACGACGAGAUCGAGAGGCAGCUCCGCCGCGACAAGAGAGACUCUCGACGGGAAUACAAGCUCCUUUUACUCGGGACGGGCGAGAGCGGAAAAAGCACCUUUAUUAAACAGAUGAGGAUCAUCCAUGGCCGCGGAUACUCAGACGAGGACAAGAGGGCGUUCACGAGGCUGGUCUACCAGAACAUCUUCACCGCCAUGCAGGCCAUGAUCCAGGCCAUGAAGAUUCUGCGGAUCCCGUACAAGUAUGAACACAACAAGGCCAACGCCAGUAUUGUCAGCGAGGUUUAUGUGGAGACGGUGACAACAUUUACAAAACCAUAUGUGGACGCCAUCAAGAGCCUGUGGGCCGAUCCAGGGAUUCAGGAAUGUUACAAUCGAAAGAGGGAAUACCAGCUCUCGGACUCUGCCAAAUACUAUCUGAAUGACUUGGACCGGAUUGCCGAGGCUGCGUAUUUGCCCUCUCAACAGGACGUGCUGAGGGUCAGGGAGCCCACCACGGGUAUAAUCGAGUACCCCUUCGACCUGGAGAACAUGGUUUUCAGGAUGGUGGACGUUGGUGGGCAGCGCUCCGAGAGGCGGAAGUGGAUUCACUGUUUUGAAAAGGUGACCUCCAUCAUGUUUUUGGUGGCGCUGAGCGAGUAUGAUCAAGUCCUUGUGGAGUCCGCCCAUGAGAAUCGAAUGGAGGAGAGCAUGGCUUUGUUCCGGACUAUCAUCACCUACGACUGGUUUGAAGAGUCCUCGGUCAUCUUGUUUCUUAACAAGAUUGAUUUGCUGGAGGAGAAAAUAAUGCAUUCACAUUUGGUUGACUACUUUCCUGAAUAUAACGGUCCGCAGCGGGACGUCAAAGCGGGCCAGGAUUUCAUCUUGAACAUGUUCGUCAACCUGCAUCCGAACCGCAAAAAGCUCAUUUACUACCACUUCACCUGCGCUACCGACACGGACAACAUUCGCUUUGUCUUCCACGCUGUUAAAGACCACAUCCUGCAGGGCAACCUGGAAGACUACAACCUGGUUUAAAGCUGCCACUGGGAGUGCUGUAGUUGAACAAGCCUGACUAGAAUACGAAAUGGGGACUAUAGUGUAGCACGCAUGUCACCGAAUGACUGUACUACUGAUGCAUUUCAUACUUUUGAAAGUAAGUCCUAGAGGGUCCUGACCACUAAACUGCUGCCUUUGUGACGAGUCGGUCAUGAGAAUCACUCAUAAGGCUUUCCUGCUUUUUUAAGGUAACUGAAUGACUUCACAAAUGUAGAUGGACUACUUUUUAGGUGUGCGCGACGCCUCUGAAAACUCUUGAUUUUCUUCUAAGUGGAAUUCCUCAAGCUUUUGUGCCUCUAAAGGGAAGCCAGUCGUAAUCAACACUAAUUGCACAUUUACUUUGGAAGUCUUCACUGAUUUGCACACUUGAGUAAGAUUGUGUAAGGAUUUUGAAAGGCUUCACGCGAGUCAACAUUUUUGUUUUUGUUAUUACUUGUGCACUGCGUAAAAUCUUAUGAAGGAGUAUUACUGCCGGACUAAAAAUUUAAGAAAUAGUUACGUGACUAACCUUGUAAAUUUAGCAGAAUGAAAUAGUACUUUUUUACUCUAGAAAAAAAGUUGUGAAAUUAGGAGUAAAAAGUCAUUUAGUUACAUUAUUAAAGUACAAAUAAUGUAUGGGGAAAAAGUUGUGAUAUAAUUGGAAAAAAAUUGUAAGUUCUCAUGAAAAAAGAAGUUGUAAAAUUACACAGAUAAACAUAUCAAACACACACAUUAUAACAUAACAAUGUAAUUCGCUCCGGAGUAUAAGUCGCACCAGCCGAAAAUGCAUAUUAAAGAAGAAAAAAAACGCACUGGAGUAUAAGUCGCAUUUUUGGGAGAAUUUUAUUUGAUAAAACCCAACACCAAGAAUAGACAUUUGAAAGGCAAUUUAAAAUAAAUAAAGAAUAGUGAUCAACAGGCGGAAUAAGUGUACGUUAUAUGAGGCAUAAAUAACCAACUGAGAAGGUGCCUGGUAUGUUAACGUAACAUAUUAUGGUAAGAGUCAUUCAAAUACCUAUAACAUAUAGAACAUGCUAUACGUUUACCAAAUAAUACGUCACUCCUAAUCGAUAAAUCCUAUGAAAUCUUAUACGUCUAGUCUCUAAUGUGAAUGAGCUAAAUAAUAUUAUUUGAUAUUUUACGGUAAUGUGUUAAUAAUUUCACACAUAAGUCACUCCUGAGUAUAAGUCGCACCCCCGGCCAACCUAUGAAAAAAAACUGCGACUUAUAGUCCGAAAAAUAUGGUAGUUUUAUAUUUACACAAACUAAGUUGAAAAUGUUCCUGAACAAUGCUGUUUUGGUCAAAAAUAGUACAAGAGAAAAAAAAAAAUUCUUUGUAUAAAAUUUCCGAGUUUAAAGUGGUAAACACUGUUCUAGAAAUUAAGCUGAAAUGUUACUGGAAAAAAGCGGUACAAUUUUAAGAAAAAAAUAAUAAUAAUUGUGAAGUCACAACAAACUUAUAAAGUUCUAAAAACAAAUAAAAAAUACAAGAAACACUUUGUUUUGACAAAACAUAAAAAGCUUACACAUUAAGGAUAAAACCACAAAUUUAGGAGGAUUUAAACAAAGGAAAACGUGUUACAAGUAUGUGACUAUGAUGAACUGUAGGAUCUUUUAUUUUGUAUUUUUUUGUGUGCAGCAUUUUCAGUUAUAUUAUUACAGCCCUCUUCCUCUAAACUGCAAGCACAUACGUGAAAGUGUAUUUAUUCCCACAAUAAUAAUAAGACUUUUCCCCCUCAGUAUAAUGUCUUUUUCUUUUCAGUGUUGCCGUGAUAGUCCUUCAUAAAAUUCAAACAAAACAUUUGUAUGCAUAUGAACACAUUUCAAAGGGAAUCCUGCCACAUUAUAGCAUUUCUCUUUCUUUUUUUUUUUUUGCCAACAUUUUUUGUGUUUGUGUCAAGCUGCAGUAAUGGGUAUUUUUUUCUCUGUUAAAAUCGUUUGCCAAAUUGGCUGUAGAACUGGGCCGUUCUUAUCCCAACGUGCACUAUUAAUAUCACACGGUACAGCGAUUCCCUUGUAUUUUCAACACCCCCCCAUCCUUUUGGAUGAGGUCAGCAUUAGGAGGCUAAGUGCUGACGAGAGAAGUGUGGUGUUAAAUAAUCUCUCAGGCAUUAAAUUAGUACAUUGAAGUGCUCUGAAUGGGUUUGGACUAAAUGAAUACAAAGGUAAUUAAGAGUUUAUCGGCGACGCCACUGUUUACAUGACCUCUGUCUUUUUAUUAAAAUUAAUUACAGUUUAAUUUAUGGUGGAAUUUCACUCCCUGCAGCUUUUGUUUUAUGCAGUGUGUGUUUUUUGUAUGGGAUCUUUUAAUUAAAUAAAAAUAUUAUUUUGG